CAAUCCAUAAUAUUUGUUUUAGCCGUGUCAUAUGACCCCUUUAAAGUGCUACUUUUUACUGUACUAUUGUAAAAAGCAAACUGUGUAUCAUCAAAGAAUAGCAAUGUAUUUCACUAAAGAAAAUAAACUGACAAUAAAACACUACUGGAAUUACAGAUCAGUGACAAUAUUAAAUAUUCGGACCCCCUAUACCCUCUACCUAGGGACUUUCAUGGUGUUGUUUUGCAAGAAUCGUCUUAUUGUUCUUCAUCGCCGCUGGCUCUGAAUCAACAUAUUUUCCCCAGGAUUGCCCCUAUUGCAUUGGUGGUACACGAAAAGCACGUGUUUGGUAUUUUCACAUGAGGGGUGAAAAACGUGCCAUCGGGGUCCUCUCCCAGGUGAUGAUGUGGAAAGCAUGACAGCCUUUACUGUUGAUGACCUUGAGCAAGAUUCUGUGGAGGAGUCUUGGCGGUUCUUCACAGGCUUGUGUGACGCCAGCAGCUUCAGAUCAAUGUUCCAACUGUCUGCCCUCUCACCACCCUCGGUUUGAAGAUACACCUGCAAGUCUCUCAGACUGUCCACCCCCGCACCAGGGCACCUAACUUUUUCUGCAGCAGUAAAUUUGUGCUCCUGAAGAAGCAACAUUACCAUUUAGAGGGCAUCUAAGUAAUCAUCGCCAGAUUUGAAAACAACGCUGAUAUUGUAUCACUGAGCCCUUCACUGUUGCGCAUUUUUACAUCAACUCCCGCCCACCUCGAGACAACGCAACGCACGUGAGCGCACCGACACUCUAUCAAACUCCCACAUGAGAUAAACAACACGCCCAUAUCAGCAUCAGCGAUGAGUGAACCGCGCUUUCCCAUUGACGUGCGAGUUAUCGGAGUCAUGCAGAAAGAUAAGAGCAAAGUGUACAUGACAUCCGUGUUAUGGUCUGACAACAGCGAAGUGACAGUGUAUAGAUCCCUCCGCGACUUCAAGACACUGCAUAAACAGCUGAAGAAGAAAUUCCCCGUGGAUAACCCACUAACGUUACGUAAAAAGGACAGAGUGCUCCCACGAUUUGGAGGCAGAAACUUAAAGAGAACCUUUCCGUCUAAGGGUCUGAGCAAGUCUGUGGAUCGACUGAAGAGUCUGGAGAAGUACUGUUCCAGUCUGCUGCAGUGUGAAUCUACUGUAUCACAUUCCGCAGAGGUCAUUCGAUUCUUCCUGCCGAAUGAACAAGAGCUUCAGCCAGAGUUUACCCAAAACAGCGUGAUGAUUCUGCAAUCAGACUUCAUCCCCUCUGCCAAGGGAGGAGCAGACAUGCAAAAACGUCUUAGCUUUGGCAAUGUGACCCAGCCUUUUGUAUCCAAGACGUAUCGAUGUGUGGCUCCGUAUGAGACCAAGGACACAAAGAACAAACCCUUUAAGGUUGCUGUGGAUAAAAGACUGGAUGUGCUCAUUAAAGACCAAGCAGGUUGGUGGCUUGUUGAAAAUGAGGAUAAACGUCUAGCUUGGUUUCCUGCGCCCUAUCUGGAACUAUGUGAUGAGGAAGAGGAUGAAGAUGAGUUUGACUCAACUUGUGAUGUGUCUCUGUACUGUGCCACCCGAAGUUACACCUCAAAAAAAGAGGAUGAGCUUUGUCUGAGCAUCGGAACUGUUGUGGAGGUGUUACAGAUGUCUGAUAAUGGCUGGUGGCUCGUCAGAUACAACAGAAAGGCCGGAUAUGUGCCCUCCAUGUACCUUAAGCCAUACAUCAGCCCUACCUUCAGCUUUCAUGCUCUACAAAGAAAACUUCACAGCUCCACUAUCAACCUGUCCACCCCCAGAUUCAUUCACAAAUCAUACUCUCUGGAAGUGCUAUCCGAGAGCGUUCCAGAUCAACGCGAGUUGUCUGGCAGUACAAAGAGCAUCUUCAGCGAUGAUGGAACCGAUUUCAGCUUCAGUUCUUCAGACAAUGACUCUAUAAACCAGAGUGUGUCCAGCUCAGAUGGAGACGAGAGCUUGAGACGGCCGAGUAAAGACGACAGUGGCAUUUCCAGUGGCCAGUCUAGCCCCUCCAUCUCAGAAUCCAGCCACCCUAUGAAAGCAGCCAUGGUCCCCAGAGUUCCACCCAGACCCCAAACACAAGAGAUCCUAAGUCGAUGCACGACCUAUACCCGAAAAGCUGCUCUGGCGACCUCUGCACGUCUGUUUCCUCAAGGAGCAGGUUUGGACAAUGGAGGUAGAGCAUUGAUAGUCUGAGUUUAAAGGAAACCAAAAUAUACAUUAUCGUGAAAAAUUAGGAACUUUUUCUUUUCAUAAAAUCUUUGUCUAUGUUCAUUUCAUCUAUGAUUCACCGUAAUGAUGAAACACUGUACACAAGUACUUGAGAAAACAAUACUUGGUUCAUUGUAACCUCUAUGUUAUCCAUGUAGGGUCUAUAUCUAUUAAAUAUUACAGUAAAUAACUUAAAGGAAAAGCAGUUAAAGCAUGCAUACAGUAUAUUCUGUACAGGAUUUGAAUGAACCAUUGUACUGUGUUUUUACAGAUUUUUUACCUUAAGGUUAUAUUCAGACUGCCUUUUAUGUCAAUUUAAUGGUAUUCCAUACUGGAAAUAUUAUCUACAGUUUUGAUUAUAAGCCUGUUUAAGAUUCAAUAAAUGU